CACAAUUUCAAAGUCAUCCUCCUGACUCCGUGCUUUUCAGAUACUCAUCUAGCUAGGGGAUAUAUACAAGAUACCUCCCACAACAGAAUCUUCAUCUCCUCUCUCUCUCUCUCUCUCUCUCUCUGUAUAUAUAUAUAUAUGUAUAAAAACACAUAAAUAACCUUAAAAAACUUCAGCAGUAGAUUAUGGAGAUGGAGAGCCGUAGACCGGCGAACCGGUCGCCACUGACCCGGCUCAACAUGUUCAUGGCGAAGAACAGAGUCGGAAAACGGUUCAAACUGGCCGAACGGAACACUACCUUCACGACGGAGCUCCGCGCCGGCACCGCCACCUUCCUCACCAUGGCCUACAUCCUCGCCGUCAACGCCUCCAUCCUCUCCGACUCCGGCGCCACCUGCUCCGUCUCCGACUGCAUCCCCCUCUGCUCCGACUCCACCGUCUCCGCCGCCAACUGCUCUGGCAAGAACCUCACCCUCAUCCAACCCGACUCCUCCUGCAAAUUCGAUCCGGUCAAUCCGGGUUACACCGCUUGCCUCGAGCGGGUCCGAAAAGACCUCAUCGUCGCCACCAUCGCUUCUUCUCUCAUCGGAUGUGUGAUAAUGGGAACGUUCGCGAAUCUUCCUCUCGCUCUCGCUCCGGGCAUGGGAACCAACGCGUAUUUCGCUUAUACUGUCGUGGGUUUUCACGGUUCCGGCAACGUCUCGUACCGUUCCGCUCUCACCGCUGUUUUCAUCGAAGGCAUGAUCUUCUUGAUGAUUUCAGCAAUUGGGUUACGAGCGAAACUCGCGAAACUCGUUCCGAAACCGGUACGAAUCUCUUCCUCCGCCGGUAUCGGGCUCUUCCUCGCUUUCAUCGGAUUACAAAACAACCAAGGCCUCGGACUCAUCGGUUACAGCUCAUCAACGCUGGUCACACUCGGUGCAUGUCCAAGCUCCUCACGCGCCUCCCUGGCUCCGGUCGUCACAGCAGCAAACGGCACCGUCAGCCUCCUCUCCGGCGGGACAGUCUCCGGCGGCAUAUUCUGCCUCAACGGUCGCAUGGAAAGCCCUACAUUCUGGCUCGGCGUUGUGGGUUUCGUGAUCAUCGCUUACUGUAUGGUGAAAAACAUCAAGGGUGCUAUGAUCUACGGAAUAAUCUUCGUCACCGCCGUGUCGUGGUUUCGAAACACCACCGUGACGGUGUUUCCAAACACCACCGAUGGCGACACGGCUUAUCAAUAUUUCAAAAAAGUGGUGGAUGUUCACGCAAUCAAGUACACAGCCGGAGCUCUCAGCUUCAAAAGCAUGGGAACGGGGCAUUUCUGGGAAGCUCUGAUCACAUUUCUGUACGUAGACAUACUCGACACCACUGGAACUCUCUAUUCGAUGGCUCGAUUCGCGGGUUUUACAGACGAAAAUGGUGAUUUCGAAGGCCAAUACUUUGCUUUCAUGUCCGAUGCUUCGUCGAUCGUUGUGGGUUCGUUGUUGGGUACAUCGCCGGUGACGGCUUUUAUCGAAUCGUCGACGGGGAUAAGGGAAGGAGGGAGAACUGGGUUGACGGCGUUAACUGUGGCGGGGUAUUUCUUGCUGGCGUUCUUCUUCACGCCGUUGCUGGCUUCAAUUCCGCCGUGGGCGGUGGGGCCGCCGUUGAUUCUUGUCGGAGUUCUGAUGAUGAGAUCGGUGGUGGAGAUUGAAUGGGACGACAUGAGGGAGGCGAUCCCGGCGUUCGUUACGUUGAUUUUGAUGCCGUUGACUUACUCGAUUGCAUACGGUUUGAUUGGUGGGAUUGGAACUUACAUUAUUUUGCAUCUGUGGGAUUGGGGGGAGGGGUUGUUGAGGAAAUUUGGGGUUCUUAAGGGGGUGAAAAGUAGUAAUAAUAAUAAUAACAAUAUUGAAGGGGUCAAUGGUGCAAAUAGUGAAGUUGCUAGGGAGGGGAGUGUUAAAGCUGUUGAGGUUUGAGAUGGUUUAAGAGUUAAAAAAUC